GUUGGAUUGCGAUCCGCCAAACCCACACAGAAGAAGAAUAAACGCUUGUGGUUUGUUGUCAAUCGCUAAUGACGAUGUAGUGUGCAGCUGCUGAGCAUACUGAUCAAUCUCUUCUUGUGUUUACUUUCCCUGCGGCGGCAACAGAGGAGAGAACGGCAACUUUUGCAGUCCGUGUUACUGGAAUAAACAAGAUUGAGAGGACCCCUAUAGCGGCUCGCUGUCAGCAUUUGCUGAGUUUCCACGUGACAGCCAAAACAAGAUGAAGCGGCAGGAGAGAGGGCAUCAGCGACAGAGAAAGUGAAGCCCGGGGCUCUCCCGCUUUGGCCAAGCCUCAAGAGGAGCCUCCGAACCUGGAGCAGGGCCCUGACACACCCCGGGGUGAUCGCCAAAUUCAAACAUACUUGCUUAUGACCUCGUAUCUACUCGGGUUACACUUCUUCAUCAGAUGGCGUUCUGCCUGGCUGAGCUACACUUGUGGUCCACCAAGAGCUCACUCCAAGUCAAAGAUACGGAUAUUGGCACCUAUCAGUACUAUGAUAAAGGAGAGCCAGCCAAUCCACUGGAGCAUCACUACUACAAGGAGAAACUCCAUUUUUCUGAGGCUCGAGGCUAUUCGUGGACCCCCAGGAACCGCCGUCCCGAGAAGCUCCGCGAUUCGCUAAAGGAGUUGGAGGAACUGUUGCAGACCAACAAAUGCAUUCGCACCAGAUGGAGGAACAAGCACUGCUGCCAGUUGAUGCUAAGCAGUGGAGUCCUGGUGACCCUGACCCUAAAUGGACCCCAGCUGGACAGAGUAUGUGUAGACCGCACACUAGUGAGCCGACUACCAGCUAACACAGUCACUGAUGUGGUGCUGAGCGAUAGGCUGAUCCUGCUGUCCUUCCUGGAGCAGAACCAAGUGGGCGUGGUCUACCUCAACAAGAAGAACCAGGACUCCCCAGAGAAACUCUCGCCCUCUGAAAUCAAGGCGGUGUGUGCGGAGGUGUGUGGGACGGGGCGCAGGCUGGUCAGGCGCGUGGCUCUCAACCGUCUCCAGGAUAUGGCGCUGUGCUGGUGGAACCUGGAGGACCCCAGUGAUGAGCUGUGGCCCUGGGCUCCCACACACACACACAGGAAUAACCUGGUCCUGCUCAGCUGCUCACCUACUGAAGGCCUCAAGGUCUUGAGCUCUGUCCGAACAGAAGGCAGUCUUCUGGACUGCUGCUUCAGUCGGCUCCAGCCCUACCAGAUUCUGACCGUAGAGCUGCCCACAGGGCCCCAGCCGCGAGGACCCGGAGAGGCAUCCUGGGCCGAAGCUUGUGUGUACGAAUGUGCACGGGGGCGUCUGCACCGCCUGUCUGUCACCCACAUCCCACUGUCAUCCCACCCUGUCUCUUGCUCUCGUCACCCCUCAGAGGCCACGCUGCUCCUGGGCCUCAGUGACUCCUCCCUGGUCCUCUACGACCAGCGACGGGGGGUUUCCCUCCAAGCCUCCUGUCCUGUCCCACCCACCCUCCUUGCCUGGCACCCUGCAGGGGCUGUGGUAGUGGUAGGGGGAGGACAGGCGGAGCUGAUGUGCUUUGAUGUGGGGCUGGCACCACUCGGCCUGGCGUUGGUAGCGGAGGAGGUAGCCUCUUCUGCUACACUCAGGCUAGCUCAGCACCUGCGCUGCUCUGGCGGGCUGGAGGCGCUGCAGUGGGGGACAGGCCUGGACGGAGGCCCAGAGGGGACAGAUGUGCUGAUGUUAGCCUUUCAUUGUGGACCACUCGCGGCCUUGAGAUUCCGACUAGGGGCUCUGUCCGGGGGCCAGAUGGGACCAGGGGAGCUGCUGCAGCAGAGGCUGCGCUGUGGCCAGGUCAGCCAGGCGCUGGGCAUCCUUGAGGCCAUGGACUGGAGCACCAUGGGAGACGAGUGCUACCAAGGCCUGAGCUCAGUCACCAACUACCUGCUGAGGCUGGAGCUCAACGCAGAGAGAGAGGCCCAACUAGAAGCAGCCCUGGGUGUGUUUUACACCCCACCAGUCCCCCACUCUGAUGCAGUGCUACUGGAAUACAGGGAGCCAAUCAGCAAGUACGCCCGCCGCUUCUUUCACCACCUCCUCAGACACCAGCGCUUUGAGAAGGCCUUCCUCCUAGCUGUUGAUAUAGAAGCCAGAGACUUGUUCAUGGACCUCCAUUAUGUUGCCAGCGAUAAGGGCGAGGUGGUGCUAGCGGAUGUGGCCAAGAGGAAAGCUAAUGAAAUCGAGGCCCAGGCCAUCGCAGACGCCGAAAAGCCUCCAAGAGGAAAAAAUGGUGUGUGUGCUUCGAGCCUUGGGGACAGACAGACAGAGAGGAACCAGGGUGCAACAGGACCUUCCUUUCCAGACACUCCCACGUCAUAUGGCACUGGAGGAGCCAAUCAGAGGAGAGCGCAGGAAGCGAACAUACGGGUGACUCUGAGCGCAGAUGCCAUCAGGGCAUGGAGACAAACAGGAACGGCUCCGCUUGACAGAGAUGACAUGAAUGAGGACGACGACCCCGGGAUGCUCACCGUGGUUCAUUUGGGAUUGGUCUAAGAAAAACAUUGUCACUGACUUUGUUAAAUCGGGCGGGUUAUUUUUGUCCACAUUUUAUACCCAGUUAAUUACUCACACUUUUACCUGUGUGGGGAACUCACUUUUCUAUUUUUGUACAGAGCUGCACAUGCUCGCACAGAUGUCUGAUCGCAAUGUGAAUGUAUAUCUUUAGUUUUGUGUUGUGAAGCUUUGAUAACGAGUUGUAAAUUGCGGACUGAGAGCUGAAAGGUUUGUCUUAUAAACCAAAAGCCUUCAUUGAAGGACUUGUCAUGUUAUGUAUAUGGAAUUUCAAGUCAAGUCAAAAUGACUGAAGGGCUUGGAGCUCCAUGGUGGUGAAUUCAAGUCAUUUGCCGUCUUAGUGAAGCCUAAACCAAAUGAACCUUAAAAAGAAAACAGUUACACAGGGUCUUGCCUUCACAAAAUGACAGAAAAAUGUUUUAAACCUUGCCAUUAAUCAGGCUGAAAAAAAUAAAGACUUCCUCUAUACUU